AUGGAUAAUAAUGAAGAUAAAUUACCACAAUUAAAGUUAUUUAAAUUAUUCUUAAAAUUAUUUAGUAAUCAUCCAACAACAACAAGUCCAAAGACAAAAAACUCUAAAUCCCAACAACCAUCAUCUUCUUCACAAUCUUGGGUAGACAGUAAUAUAAAUCAAAAUGAAGAUGGAGAGAAUGAAUGUCAACUAUCAGGUCAAAGAAAUUUAUCAUCAGAUUCAAUACUAAUUUGUACUGAACUAUCAAAAUCCAAUAUAUUUCAAUUUAAUAUCGAUACUAAAUGUUAUAUUUUGGAAAUGGCAGAUGAACUUUUAAUAUCAAUUUGUAGUGGUCUAUCAAUCAAUGAUUUAAUUCAUCUUAGGUUGACAUCUAAACGAUUAUAUGGUCUAUGUAACGACAUGUCCAUUUGGAAGGGUAGAUUUGUUCAUGUUAAUACAUUGAACAAUUCCUCUUCAUUUUUGAGUAUCAAACCUAAAAGACCAACCCCAAGAUUGUGUCCAUCAUCAAUACUCUAUGAUAAAUAUAUGUAUGUUUAUGGUGGUGAUAAUGGUUACAAAGAUCAAUUCCUUUCUUUAAUUGGUGAUGUUAAAAAUGAUCUUUGGAGAUAUAAUUUAGAAUCGAGAAUAUGGGAAGAAAUAUUAUAUUCUGGAAUGAAACCAAAAUUAACAGAACAUACAUCAGUUUUAUAUAAUGGAAAAAUAAUAAUGUUUGGAGGAAGUACUGGAUGUUCACCACAAUACUCGAGUAUUGUUUAUCAAUAUGAUAUCAAUUUAAAUAGUUUAACAGUCUUUGAAACCAAAGGAAAUGGUCCAUCUCCAAGAUCUGCACACACUGCCAUUGUAUAUAACGAUAAUAUGUAUGUUUUUGGGGGAUGGGAUGGAUGUAAAUCAAAUAAUAAAUUAUAUUCAUUAGAUCUAUUAACAAAACAUUGGUCAUUGGUAACUGUUUCUGGUACAAUUCCACAUCAAAGAAGAGCACAUUGUAGUUUGUUUUAUAAUCAUUCAUUAUACCUAUUUGGUGGUUUCGAUACUGAUAAACCAGCUUCUUAUUUUAAUUCAAUGUUUAAACUUGAUCUUGAUACUUGUAUAUGGGAAGAAUUAAAAUGUGGUGGAGAUGUACCAAGUGGAAGGUCAAGAUCAUCAAUGAUUGAACAUAAAGGAAAGUUUUAUUUAUAUGGAGGAUGGGAUAGAAACAAUUAUUUUCAAGAGAUACAUGAAUUCGAUGCUAAACAUCAACAUUGGACUAAAAUGUCGUACAGCAAUAUCGAUCAAAUGGAGAGCAUUGGGUUGGGACAAAAUUGCUCAGUCAUCUUUAAAGAUCAAUUGAUUACAUUUGGUGGUUAUACACCUCUCAAAAAAGCUAGUACCAAUGAAAUAUUCUCACUUAGGUUAGAAUGA